GUCACCAACUUCGUCGUCCCAAUUAAGAAAAGCUUGAAAAUCUUUUCUGUUACUCUUGCUAGCUAGUGAUCAAGUGUGUUCAGUAUUAUUCAGAGCUCAGGGAUGGGACAAAAUGGGCACACAGACCUUGAGAAGCACCUGCUGCUUCUCCAAGACCACGAGGAGAAGCACUUCAUGUCCAGUGAGAUUGUCCGUGACAUCAUUAUCGGUGUUUCCGAUGGUCUCACCGUCCCUUUCGCUCUUGCGGCAGGUUUGUCAGGCGCCGAGGUCCCGUCUUCCAUUAUACUCAUUGCCGGAAUAGCUGAAGUUGCUGCCGGGGCCAUCUCUAUGGGGCUUGGCGGGUAUCUUGCGGCAAAGAGUGAAGCUGAUCACUACUUGAGGGAACUAAAGAGAGAACAAGAAGAGAUCAUUGCUGUCCCUGAUAUAGAAGCUGCAGAGUGUGCCGAGAUAUUAGCACAGUACGGGGUGGAACCACAUGAAUAUGAACCUGUUAUUAAUGCUUUAAGGAGGAACCCUCAAGCAUGGCUUGAUUUUAUGAUGAAGUUUGAGCUGGGGCUGGAGAAACCAGAUCCGAUGAGAGCAUUGCAGAGUGCGCUAACAAUUGCCAUUUCAUACAUAGUCGGCGGAUCGGUCCCCCUCAUGCCAUACGUGAUCAUCCCAGUGGCUACAAAGGCUCUUUUUGCAUCUGUUGCUGUAACCUUAGUGGCGCUGGUGAUUUUUGGUCUAGCCAAGGGUUACUUCACCGGCAGUCAACCCUUAAAGAGUGCCUUCCAAACUGCCCUCAUUGGAGCAAUUGCAUCCGCAGCUGCUUAUUCCAUUGCCAAGCUUUUCCAGGCAUAGCUAGCUAGCGCACCACCGGCCAUCAUCAAAACAAACUGUUUCCUUCUUUUUCUUUUGUUUCUCUGUUUCUGUUUGCUUUUUUUCUUUUUCUUUUUUCUAAUUGGACGUGGUUUUUAUGCCCCUUAUAUAUGGAUUAUUUACUGGGGCAAAUCUAUCCAUCCGUUUCGAUCUCAUUGUAUAAUAUUAAAAUUAAUUGAUGCCCGCUAUUAUGAGAGUUCUGCA